AUGAGAUCACUACACGUGAAAGUACCAUAUAGACAGCUGGAGCUUCAGGAAGAUAUACCAGGGAUGAUGAGAAGCUCUUUGCCACUGCCUUCCCCAAGACAUCGGUAUCUUAUUUCAGCUUUUUUGCUCUUUGUCUUGGUAGGCAGCGACAACAACAGCAGUAGCAGCAGUAGCAGUAGCAUCAGUGGUUACCAGCAAGAUUCGGCUUCACAUCAUAGCGUCAUUAUGGCUCCAACCCUGUCUUUCAACAUCGAUAGCUUGUGCGUAAGCAGCAUUAUCUUCAUCUCUUUCUUGGGCCUUUUUGGAGUCGUAAGGGCUAGUAAACCAGCGAUGAAAGUGUACUUUGCACUGGUGAUAGCAUUCAGUUUUGUACAGGGUAUCAUUGCAGUCAAAGGUUUCCUCUCAGGCAUGAGCUGGGUUCAAAACACUCUGGAUCUUUCAUGGGAGAACGCAUAUGAAAAUGAUCCAGAUCUCAUCAAGGAGUUACAGAAAGAGCUCCAGUGUCAAGGGUUCAAAGAUAGCAAUGAUAGAUCUCUAGAGCAACCGCUAGGAAGAAUGGGCGAUCAACUGCCGCCUUGCAUUGGAGCUUUGGAAUCAAACUUCGGUAAGAAACUCCAAGAGUUCGGGACGUUUAUCUUGUAUAUACGAUUGAUUCAGUUGGUGGGUGUAAUCAUGUUGUCAAUUAUAUUUAAAUACUUGGCAGUCAUGGGAGAUGAAGAAGAUCAAGAUGAAGAAGAAGCUUUGACACGUCAAAUGUGCGAGAAGUCGGGGUAUUACUGGACCACUAAGCAGGUAGAAGAUGCUAAUGCACAGGUGCCAUUGUUGUCAGUUGAGAGCAUGGAUGAAGACGCGUUGUCGCUAGAUGAAUACGGCGAUGAUAGCGAGCACGCUUUGAAUGGACAAAGUUUGUCAUACCCAGAAGUAAGGGUAAUUUCCUUGUAAAUAAACAUCUCCUAGUUUUGAUCAGUGCGCGACGCCACGUUCUGCCCCUUUUGAGUUUUAUGUUUAGGAAAAUAUAAAAGGUUGAAAGGAGGAGACCAGUUAUUUAAGGUGCAUGAGCUGUCAAAUAUAUAUAUAUGUAUAUAAACAUUUACUUAAUAUCG